ACUCCUCUGAUACAAAUAAUUGGUAUUCUGUUCAGAUGUUAUGGUGUUAUUAGAAUUAUUGUUAUUUCCUCGCUAUAAUUGCUAUAGUGUACUAAAGUAAUGAUUACUAUGUAGUGAUAUAAGAGAAGCAAUCGGUAUUAGAUCAAGUGUACAUAUCUGUUUUUUUUAAGUAGUGACUAAAGUGUUAUGUUCAAACAAUUUGGUUAUUGGUGGUUGCAUUGUUAAAAAAAACAUCUUUAGCCUACAACAGUUCUGCAUUCAAACAUGUCAGAAGAGUAAUUUGACUUGUAGUAUUCCUGUCUUUGGUUAAUUAUAAUCCAAUUAAAUUAUAAUUGUUUCUUUGAAUUAGUAAACACACUGCACUUAAAAGGGUAAUACUAGUAAGAUGACUAAAUUGAUGGAAGAUUCUAAAUAUAGUGAAAGUGAGGAUGAGUCUUCAAGUCUGAAACAAUUUGAAGCAACUGAUCUAUCCUUUGAUACAGUUCCUGAUUCUCCUAGCCUAAAGAGUAAAGUACAUGAAAUAGAGUCUUUGCACUCUAAAAACCCAACCCCACCACUUCAAACUCUGAGAAAAUUUGCCUUGUCUGAGGGUGGAUUAGUUUGUGAUGAGUUGCGGAGAAGGAUCUGGCCGCGACUGUUAUCACUUGACCCAGGAGAUGCGGAGCCUCCACCUGACCAUGCCAGUCUUCUGGCCCAUCCCGAGUACCAGCAGGUGGUUUUGGAUGUGAACCGGUCCCUCAAACGGUUCCCACCUGGUAUACCGUACAGUCGGCGUGUGGCAUUACAAGACCAGUUGACUAUUCUCAUAUUACGAGUCAUCACCAAGUACCCGCAUUUACGCUAUUACCAGGGUUACCAUGAUGUGGCUGUCACAUUCUUGCUGGUGGUGGGGGAGGAUGUGGCAUUCCAGAUCAUGGAGAGAUUAUCCACAGACCACCUCAAGGAGUGUAUGGAACCAACCAUGGACAAAACCUCGUACCUGCUCAACUACAUCUUCCCGCUGAUACAUCGACUUCACCCUGCCCUCUGUGAGUUCCUGGACAGGUCUGGAGUGGGAACGAUGUUCUGCCUUCCAUGGUUCCUCACGUGGUAUGGCCACAGUUUGAACCGGUAUCGAGACGUGGUGAGACUGUAUGACUACUUCCUAGCUUCUCCUGCUCUACUUCCCCUUUACUUGGUAGCCACAAUCGUGGUGCAUCGGCAAGACGAAGUGUUCCGGACAGAUUGUGACAUGGCUAGUGUCCACUGCCUACUAUCCAAUCUUUCAGAUGAUUUGCCUUUUGAGAAGCUACUGCAGGAAGCUACAGAGUUGUAUGAGAAGUUCCCACCUGAGAGUGUUGAGGCAGAAGUCAAAGAACGUUGCAAACGAGAGGUUCUGAGGCGGCAACAAGAGGAUGCAAUGAGGAAAGCCCUGGUGAGCAAGAGGGCAAGGGCCAACAAUCCCUCUUGGGUGAGGAGACUGAGGGCCUGGCACGUCCCUCACUACAAGCUGAUCCUUUUCACCGCCAGUAUCGCCUUUGGCUUUUACGCGUACUUGCGUGGGACGCCUGACGCCAUCGACUUUGUGCCCAGAUAGCCUCCCUCGUACCACUCGGCCUUACUGCUUCUAGAUCUGUGAUCUGUGAUGUUAUACAACACUAUGUGUAUAGGUAGCGCUAUUUAACGGUUGGGGUUGUUAUUUGUUGAUUACGGAGAGCUAGGUUUUUAAUGUGGAUUUUUGUUUGAACACGUUAUUUUGUUAGUUAAAACUGUUUCAGUAAAGUGUAGGUAAUUCCAGUUAAAUAAAUUACAUCAAAAUUUGUUUUAAUCUUGUACUCUCUCUAUCCUAAAAUAUACAAUAUCCAAGCUAGAAAUAAUAAUAUUUAAAAUAUAAAGUGAAACUAAAUGCAUAGUGUAGUAAAUAUUUGCAUGCAUAAGCGCUCACACACAAUAAUUUCAAAUUGGAGAUGUAUUAUCAACAUAAUCAGUCAACAAAAGCGUUCAUGUUGGAUUAGUAUCGGGCAUCUUGUUCUGAUUAUAGGCCGACUAGGAAGGUUCUCAUUACAGUUAAGGUUCGGAUGAAGUGCAGUAUUUUGCUGUAUUUUUAGUUGAUUGCAUGAACACACUUUUGUCUUUGUAGAAGAUUUUUCAGUAAUCCUUCUAUUCUCAUAUCUUCGACCUAAUUUGUUGACAGCUGUUAAACAAAGCCACAAUUAUUUUUUGUGGUCCACCGUCCUGCACAAUUAUUAUUUUCGUUGAUUGAGAAAACUAUAGUCAUCAAUUGUGACUUCACUUCUUUCAUUGAUUAAAAUUUCACUUUUGGAAUAACCAUUUGAGUUCUUAUAUUUUUUUAAAUAACAUAAACCUUGCAGUAGUGGAAGUUGGUUAGUUACUGAUUUAGGGGUUCAUAAUCUUUCAAUAUCUAUUAAACUGCCAUCUCUAACUCUCCAACAUGGAAGAACCAUAAGGCCCUGCAAAAUUGUACAAAUAUAGAACCACAAAUUGUAUUUAAUUAGUAACUUUACCUGACUCCUUUUGUUGAUAGUUUAAUUUUUAACAAAAAUAUUUAUAUAAUAAGUAAUCUUAUUGGAGGUGACUAUACAUGUUAGAUCAAACAAAUUUUAUAAGAAACAAAGUGAUAUGUGUUUAAAAUAAAAACAUUCAUUUAGUUAUUUUGGCUAAUAGAAACAUCACAUAAUCCUAAUCUAGAUUGCGAUGUUCAAUCAUUAUCAGGUACAGAUCCUAUUUAAUGUAAUGUUUCAAUAAUAAUAGCAAUUUCCCAUUGUCAGCAUCCUCAUGGCAUAAGGUGAUCACUGCUUGGACAAUUAGCUAGUUUUACCAACAAAUUUCACGAUUUAUAAUUAUUAAAUUAUUUUUAAAGAACCUAUUUUUGAAAUGCCAGAGAACUAUUUUUAGACAUUAUGAAUAAGGUCUGUGAAUUUCAAAUUUAAUGUUUUUCAGUUAGAAAGCAUAAUUCCACCUCAUCUUAAACAUUUAAAUGAUAAUAUUUCUGAUAUAGGAAAUAAAAGUUUCUUUUGUUAGUUCUCUCUCUCCUCAACCGAAAAAAAUCCUCUAAGAAGAGGAACCUUCCUGCACUUCUGAGACAGCUUUGAAAUCAGUGUUUGAGUAUGCAACAUAGCUAAUAAGUUACUAAGUAAGAUCAAUCUAUAUUUUUAUUAAAGUCCUUGGCCCCAAAAAUUUAUCUUUAUUCAUUCCCUGUUUUAUCUGCAUUUUGUUAUGUGCUUUAUGUAUUAUUAUAUUGUAAAUGUUUAUUAUAUUAUAGUUUUUGUAUGAGUUUUCCUUUUUAUAGACUGUACUUUUAACAAAGAUUUUAUUAUAUGAGUAUUUUAGAAUAUAAGUUAGUGUUCAUGAUCACUGUUUGUAGUAAGUUUUACCAAUGAUUAAGUUUUGGAAAUAUUAAAUCUGUUAUGAUGUUUAUAAAGCUUUAUUUACUGUAGUCUUGUUAUAGAAUGUUGUAGAAAUGCUUGUGUCUUAUCGUAAUGUAAGUUGUUUACACUGAUAUGAAAUAAAGAAGAAUUUGUUAUGGAUUUCCUGUAAAUUUACCUUUUUGUAAACGUUGGUUAGUAAUUAUAAACUUGCAUUUGACAUA